AACAUUAAAACAUUUCAACGAUUGCUUUCAUGUGUGCGUUUUUUUCAAUUGUUGAGCAUUGUGCAAUAAUGACUCCAUCAUACUACCCUGCACACAUGACAGAUGCAAGACAUUCAGGUUUUCCAUGUUUAGCUUCAAUCAGAUACUCUGCCUUGUACCUACCGUACUUAUCUCUACAUCAUAUUUGUCUGAUUGAGUAAAUGUGAUAAAGCUCACCGAGCAUUACAUAGCCAUUAAGUCACAUGCUGCACAGCGCUGCUUAUGAAAGACACACUCCUCUGCUGUACUUCCUUAAGAACAGUGGGCCUCUUGUGUGUGCAUUGCAGUGCGCCUUUGCACUAAUCUUCUUUUCAAUUUUCACGCUUCAACCUGCAGCUUUUUCAGCUUGUAUUUUGCUUUGUUGAAACCAGUCUGUUAUAAAAUGACUUCAAGCCUGAAGAGAGUUUACCAUAUCAGCGUAUUCAGCUGGUAUGCUUUUGUUGUCAUGACUUUGGCUGCUAAGGAUGGUGAGGAAUUACCACCUGGGAUCUUUGCGUAUGGGGGACCUUGGAAAUACCUCACAUUUUUGAACUUAAUACUCCAAAUGUUAUUCUUUGGAUUGACGGCCGUGAACGAUCUUCAGCGUGGGAAGAAAUCUGUUAGCACACUCAAAAGAUUUACAGAUCUAAUAUUCUCUGUCUUUGCCUUCCCUGUAGGCAUGUUUGUUGUUCUUCUCUUUUGGACUCUAUUUGCCUAUGACAGAGAGUUGGUUUACCCGGCAACAAUGGACGCCUUCAUCCCUCCUUGGAUUAACCAUGCUAUGCAUACGUUUGUCUUUCCUUUUUUACUUGGAGAAUUCCUGGUGCAGCCACAUGCCUACCCACGAACAAAAAAUGCACUGGCCACACUGGGAUUAGUGGGUGCGGGUUACCUAUUCUGGAUUCUCUGGGUGCACGUCAAAGUGGGGAUUUGGGUGUAUCCCCUCCUUGGACAUUUCAAUGCUGUUGGUCUGUUAGGCUUUUUUUGUUUUAACAUGUCUUUGGUGACAUUAAUCUACCUCCUCGGAGACAAACUCAACAGCUGCAUGUGGGGAAAACAACUUCACUGACAAAGGAAAAGACAACAGGGCUUUGAUCAUUUGUGUGUCUUUGUUUUUGUUUCAAAGGCAACAAACAUAAUUAUUUACCAUCUGCUAGCCAUGAUCAAGACUAUUGCAGUGUAAACAGCAAGUUCAUAAUCUCACUGGAAAGAUUUGUGGAUCUAGCACUUUCUCUUUACAACAAAAC